GCGAGUGUUCUUCCCUGACUGGUGGGGUAGUGGCACAGUCUAUAAAGCUGGUUUGGGGGGUAGCAUAGGAAUCUCAGGAAAGGGUGGUAGCGCCUCUCCAAUCGGGGUUCAGCAGGGUGACUGGAAGGAGGAGUGGUAGCUGGGCGAAAGGGGUUGGCGGCGCGGUGAAGACGGAAGGGAGGCUACCCGGAGCCGGGAGAAGAAAGGGGGGCGUAUCCUGGGAGAAGGGCCCAGGACCAAGCGGGAUUCGGGGGCUACCUGGGCGACUCCCGUUAUGGGAUGAGUUAUGUAGGCAACAUAGAAGUUUGGGGUGAUUCAUGAACAGAGAGUACCACAGGAGGUGGUUGGCUAACAUACUGGAAGUGGGUGCAAGGAGCCAAGACCGAGUGGUCUGCGACGCUGUGCUCCAUUGCCUCCUGAGUCACCUAGUGCAAGUCCCCACACUUCUCGGAGUUUCAGUUUCUUCAUCUGUAAAUGGGAGUAGUAAUCAUACAGGACACACAAGAUUGCUGCGCUGCUUGAGUUAAAUGAGUUGGUAUGUGUGCCAUUAUGCCUAGCGAUAAUAGUGACAUGUAAAGAACGCUCAAUAAAUUGUCAUGGUAGCUAUUAUUAUUACCAUUAUAUGGGGUUUGCUGAGGGCAAGGGGUGUGGCAGUGGGAUUGAGGCAGACAGGGCAUGGCAGGGAAAGGUAGGCUUGGGGAGCGCUCAAGGAAAGGAUGGGAUUCCGGCAAUCAGCUUCCACCCUGGCCAUGGGGCGCCACACUGUCCUGCUCCUGCUCCUGGCUUUCCUGACACUUCGGGAGGGCAUCUCCGUACCGCUGGCCCUGAGGGCCCUCAGCAAUCUGCACAGGUCAGCCAGCUUCACAUCCCGCCCCGCUGUACCCACGAAGUACACGGUUCACUACCUCCAACAGAAGGUUGAUCAUUUUGGAUUUACUACAGAUAAAACUUUUAAACAGCGGUACUUACUAGCUGAUGAACACUGGAAGAAAGAUGAUGGAUCAAUACUUUUCUACACUGGUAAUGAAGGGGACAUUGUCUGGUUUUGCAAUAAUACGGGGUUCAUGUGGGAUGUGGCUGAGGAACUGAAAGCUAUGUUGGUGUUUGCUGAACAUCGAUACUAUGGAGAAUCCCUACCUUUUGGUAACAAUUCAUUCAAGGAUUCCAGAUAUUUGAAUUAUCUGACAUCAGAACAAGCUCUGGCAGAUUUUGCAGUGUUAAUCAAAUACUUGAAAAGAACAAUCCCAGGAGCUAAAAAUCAACCUGUCAUUGCCCUAGGGGGCUCUUAUGGUGGCAUGCUUGCAGCCUGGUUCAGGAUGAAAUACCCUCAUAUGGUGGUUGGAGCUCUUGCAGCCUCUGCCCCCAUCUGGCAUUUUGGUAAUCUGGUACCUUGUGGUGUAUUUAUGAAGAUCGUAACUGAAGAUUUUAGGAAAAGUGGCCCAAAUUGUUCAGAGACCAUCCACGAUUCCUGGGGUGCUAUUACUCGACUCGCAAGAACGGGCAGUGGCUUGCAUUGGCUUUCUGAAGCCCUUCACUUAUGUACCCCAUUAAGAAAUUCGCAGGAUGUUCAGCAUUUGAAAGGCUGGAUCUCUGAAACCUGGAUAAAUCUGGCAAUGGUGGACUACCCUUAUGAGUCUAACUUUUUACAGCCUUUGCCUGCUUGGCCUAUCAAGGUAGUGUGCAAGUAUUUGAACAAUCCCAGUUUAUCUGAUGCACAGCUGCUGCAGAAUAUUUUCCAAGCUCUGAAUAUAUAUUACAAUUACUCAGGCCAGGCGAGAUGCCUGAAUAUAUCAGAGACAACAACUAGCAAUCUGGGAACCCAGGGUUGGAGCUAUCAGGCUUGCACAGAAAUGGUCAUGCCUUUUUGUACUAAUGGUAUCGAUGACAUGUUUGAGCCUCGCUCAUGGAACUUCAGGGAAUAUUCUGAUGACUGUUUUAAACAGUGGGGUGUGAGACCAAGGCCCGCCUGGAUCACUACUGUGUAUGGAGGCAGAAACAUCAGUUCACACAGCAACAUUGUUUUUAGCAAUGGUGAACUAGACCCCUGGUCAGGAGGUGGAGUAACCAAGGAUAUCACAGACACCUUGGUUGCGAUCACCAUCCCAGAAGGGGCCCAUCAUCUAGAUCUUCGAGCCAGAAAUGCCUUUGACCCCACGACCGUGCUAUUAGCCCGCUCCUUGGAAGUUAGACACAUGAAGCAGUGGAUCAGAGAUUUCUAUGCCAGUCAGAGAAAGAAGCACUGAGAAAUUUUGAUCACUUUCAGUUUCUUUUAUGUUCAUUCUACCCACGUUCCCAUUCACUUUGCUUUUCUACAUGUAAUUACUUUCCCUUGUUUGUCAUUAGAUUUGGUGAGGCAAAGGUUGAGAUAGAAGAGAGGGUGAUGAUGGUGACAGCAGCCAUCGCACACCCUGAAUCGUCGCCCUCUUCACACCACCCCUGGGAAGAAUCUCUUUGUGACAGCUUUCCUACACCAUCAGUGGCCCUCAUAACCGGAGCAGAGUUCCUGACUGCCUUUCACAAGAGGGAGGGUCACUUCCUUUGUUUCUCUGCAAGCAGAGCUUCCUCUUGGGUUUGAGGGUAAAAGUCUCUUUGGUCCGUUUGUCACUCCCUAUCCCUUCCCUCAAAAAAGAACAGCAGAAGAUAGACAAAAAUGAUGUAAUUGCAGCUGGUAGGAAGGAUGUCCGAUGCCAAUCCAGGAAAUGGAAGCCAUUUCUUUUGUACUUGAUUUAAUGAUUUUGACUGUGCCGUAAAUAAAGAAUAAGGCUGGACCUUAUACCUGUGUGUUCCUUCUGAAGCUCACUCCAGCUGUUGGGAAUGCUGUGUGCACUGGGCUUGGCUGCUUUUGGAAAAUCCUUUAAUUUUCUCUCUUCUACUUGGCAGCUUUUCUCAGUUCUGGGAUACUUGCCACUGUGGUACUGCCAGUAAGAAAUCUGGCCUUUUUCUGCUCCAUUUCUCUUUGUUUCUAAGGUCAGUUUUGUGGUAAUUUGGUUACAUUUUGCCAGUUUAGGAGAAUGACUCUGUUUUGCUUUUGCUUUUACAUCUGAGCAAGCUUUUAUAUGCUGUGGUUACUGAUGAUACUUCAGCAAGAAGCCUUUAAAAAUUGAUGAAUCAACUACUUGGCAAGUAGAAUAUAGUCAUGUUCAGCAUUUUGUUUUUUAGAUUUUAUUUUCUGGUGGUUGUUACUGCUGUCAUUAAAGUCACAAGUGUCCAGGCACCAAGAGGCAGGUGUGCGAGAACUUUUCUGUAUGGCUUCCAAGAGACAAGCUGACUGAUUCGUGCAGGCAGCAUAUUUGACAUUAAUAAAUGGCCGAGCCGUUCCUAUUUCCAAGGGGUUGGCUUCUUUCAAGCAGUUCUUACACUGAGACCUUUCUUCAGAGGAGCUUUUCUAGGAUAACAAAUAGGGUUGGAUCAAAACCUUUCAGGGACACACAGAGAGACUAACAGUUUCUACUCUGUUGAAAGAUUUCUUCCCCCUUCUUUUUAUUUUCUCUCAAUAAUUUUUUUUUCUUCACCCUGCCUUGGGAACAUUUUCUGCUUUUCAAAAACUGUACCUUGAGUUCAGUCAUUUCUAAAGCAGUUAUUUUUGUUUUUUAAGUGCAGACAUAGAGUUCAUUCUUGGGUGGGAAACUGAAAUAUUUCCCUUACUUUCCCAGCAUCUGGGAGAUACAGAAAAAAAAUCUUUGUCUGGUUUCGGAAGCCUUCAGUUCUCAUUGUAAUGAGUUGUCCAUCAAAGCAUUUGGUCACUAUUUUCGUUUCAGCAUCAGAGAAAAGUCUGCUGGAGUGAGAAUUUAAGGGUCAAAACAAUACUAGUUUUUAUUCUUUAUAUAAGCAGGGUUUAUGGGCUUAGUAGAGGAUAUUCGUACUAUUUAUUUUAGGUACUAUUGAUUUUAUGGUAUUUUCCUUGAAACCUUAUACUUGUUUAAAGUCUUUAAAAUAUUUUGCCAUUUAAUUUAACAUUGUUUGGGUAAGUUACAUUUUUGUGAAGAGAAAAACUGCCAAAAUUACUAUAUUUGUAUGCAAUUAUAAUUUGGUAUUAUGUACACAUUUUUCAAUGUACAUUUCAUUACAGACAACAACCUUAGGUUAGCCUAAUUACAAUGCUAGAAUUUAAUUUACAUUGAAAAAGACUUAGAACAUGAAAUAAGUUAUUAUUUAAAGCAUCUCUCUCAUUAAUAGAUGAUGCUUUUGAAAGACAAGGAAAGAGAGACGUAAAGAAUUGUGGUAUUUCUGGGGUGCCUGGAUGACUCAGUUGGUUAAGCGUCCAACUUCAGUUCAGGUCAUGAUCUCACGGUUCGUGGGUUUGAACCCUGCGUCGGGCUUUGUGCUGAUGGCUCAGGGCCUGGAUCCUGCUUUAGAUUCUGUGCCUCCCUCUCUGCCCCUCCCCCGCUUGCACUAUGUCUCUCUCAAAAAAAU